GGCACAGCAGCGUAUCAUUUGUUGGGAUCGCGUGGCUGUGUUCCAACGGUGUCUCGGAAGGCGAUCGCGUGAAGCGGUGCGGAGGGCGGAGGAUUUUCACGUCGGUUCAGUGAGUUGACGUAGUUCGAACGACGCUCGUCGGCAACGGCGCGAUCCGAUCCGAUUCGACCGAUCCGGAGAGCCGCAACGUCCAAAAAUGGCGUUUCUCGCGUAGCUCGCCGCAAUAUCAUCGAGCCGUGCUCUCUCGGCACCGUCUACGCGUGUGGAAAACGAGACCGGCGGAGCUCCGUCCGACAGGGAACUCCCGUGGACCUAGCGCAGGAGGAUUUCGUUCCCGAGGAGCUCCGAGAAGGGAACCACCGACCGUUCACCCCACCAAUGUCCUUGUCCCGUUGACGACACCUCGGACUCUGUAUCUCGCGGUUUUGCAACGAUAAAACGGAGCUAGCAAAAAAGAGGCAUGGAACCGACCGAGCAAUUACGACCGGAGCAACUGGUGGGUCUGGUGGCUCGCUCCGCGGAGGGGACCGCGGCCAAAGGGAUGCCGAUCAAAGGGAACGAGGACCUGUGGGUCGAGAUCCAGGCGAACACGUUCAGGAAUUGGGUGAACGAGCACCUGAAGCACGCCGCGGACGCCGCGGACGGGCCGGUGAUCGAUCUCGCGGAGGAUUUCCGGGACGGCACGAGGCUCUGCGCUCUGGUCGAGGUGCUGACCAAGCGGCGGCUACCCCGGUGGAAUCCCAGGCCCGCGAAUCAACACCACCACCUGGAGAACGUGUCGACCGCGCUGCAGGCCAUCGAGGCCGACGGCGUCAAGCUGGUCAAUAUCGGCAACGUGGACAUCGUGAAUGGAAAUUUGAAACUGAUCCUCGGCCUGAUAUGGUCGCUCAUUGUGAGGUACCAAAUAGGCAAGUCCAAGUUCCCUCCAAGGAAACUCAUGCUCGCAUGGCUCAAGGCGGUCCUACCGGAGUGCAGGGUGAAUAAUUUCACGACGGACUGGAACUCCGGCGUCCACCUGAGCGCUCUGAUCGAUUAUUGCCAGCCCGGCCUGUUCCCUCAUUGGCGUCAGCUCGAUCCGAACGAUAGCGUGUACAAUUGCCGGAAAGCUAUGGAGAUCUCGAAGCGUGAUUUCGAUAUACCUAUGGUACUGGAACCAGAGUACCUUGCGUCCCCAUAUUUGGACGAAUUAUCGGGAAUGACCUACUUGUCGUACUUCAUGAAGGAAGGCUCGCCCGGUUUCCAUGCGACGUUGCGAUGGGUCAAUUCGCAAUUGUCUCGUCACACCGUGCAGAAUUUCACGACCGACUGGAACGACGGAAGAGUUCUCUGCAACAUCGUGAGGAAUUUGGGCGGACCGGCUCCUCCUUACGAGAAAAUCGACACCGACCCCGUCGCAUGGGAGCACAACAUACAGAUGGGUAUCGACGGUGGCAAGAAACUAGGCGUGGAGCCUAUUCUCAAGGCGAAAGACAUGGCAGAUCAGAACGUGGAACAUUUAGGCGUGAUGGCGUACGCCGCAUACUUUCAGUGGGUGAAGCCUCGCCCUCAAGCCAGCAAACAAAUAGUCGUCCAUGUGGACAGCACUUCCGCCAGAGUGCAACAACCGGCGCAUUUCAAGCUGGAGAUGCUUACCAAAGAAGUGAACACGAGGGAGGUUCGCGGCGAAGUGGUCGGCCCGAGCGGACGAGUCGAAUGUAGGCUCGCGUGGAACGGAGUUCACGGGAAGGGAACCUUUGUACCAACGGAAAUUGGAAUGCACAAGUUGAUGGUAUACAACGACAGCGAGCUGGUGGACGGCUGUCCGUAUUAUUUUCGAGUUCUACCUGCCUUGACCAAAAUCAAAGCGUCCGGUAUGGAUCCGUGCGCUAUCGGGUCAAUCGUUGAAGUUCUAGUCAACAGUUACGGUACUAGUCAUGACGGUAUCGACGUGACCGCGUGGUCUCCGACUGGCAGAUCGUUGUCCUGCCCGGUGAAAGAGAACGACGGAGUGCAUACCGCGACCUUUCAACCGGACGAGACGGGGGAGUGGAGUAUCGCGAUCACUCACAAAGGAAAUCACAUUCAAGGCGGACCGUUCACUUGCUUCGUAUUCGACCCGAACGGGAUAAAGCUAAUCGACACGGAGGGCGCCACGCCCGGGCAGCCGUUCUCGUUCAUCGUCGAUGCGACGGGCACCGGUGGCCUCGGCGACGUGAUCGUCGACUUGGUUCACGACAAGCAAUCCGUGCCGUUCAGAAUGGAAGACUACGGACACAUGAGAUAUCGCGUGUCGUUCGUCCCGUCCGAUUCCGGGAAGUACAGAGUCUACGUCUACUUCAACGGCUCCGACGUUCGAGGUUCUCCGUUCUCCAUUCGAGUGGGAACGCAGAGAGGAUCCAGAAGAUCGAAGGAAUCAACGUCUAGCCUGGAAAGGUCGAAACUGUCCUCGCUGGAGAGACGAAUGAACGGUUUGAACGUGUCCGUUGGGACGGAUCGGUCCAGCCCCGUGCAGAAAACCUAUUCCUCGUCCGCGUACAAGUCUCCCAGUCCCACUCAACACGUCCGCGACUAUUCUCCGGCACGUCAGACCACCUCCGCUUACAAGACAUCGACGAGCAACUAUUCGGUGGAGAACUCGAGCUCGACGUACCAUCACGCGUCGACGUCGUUCGAUCGCACCCGAUCCCCGAGUCAUAGUCACAGCCCGGUUUCGCGGAAUCUGCACAGCCCCUCCAUGAUCAAGGAGACGAAGGAGAUUUAUUCCAGCAGCACGUACAGUCAGUCCAGAUCUCCCACCGUGCAGAGUCCCAGCCUGAUGAAAGAAUCAAAGGAAACGGUGUACGCGACGAAUACAGCGAGCAGAUCUCGGUCUCCGAAUCCGAAUACAAGCCCGAAUCCGAAUCCGAAUCCGAAUCCGAAUCCGAAUCCGAAUCCGAAUCCGAAUGCGAAUCCGACCGUUCAUGGCUCGAGGUACUCCCCGAUCAUCAAGGAGUCUCGAGACAUUUAUAAUUCCGGCUCUCUGAAGAGAUCUCGGUCGCCGAAUCGCAGCCCGAUGGCGUAUCGCAGCGCGACCCAGAGUCCGGUCAACAGAAGCUUCAGCCCGAGAAGCAUCGACAGAGACGGCACCUUCAACAGGAGGGGUUCCAUGGAGAACAACGGAGCGAUCGACACGAGCAGCAACGUCAGAGUAUCGUCGAUGGUCGGCGGAACCUCCAGACGAGACUCCUGGGACGCUAUCGAGAAAACCAAGUCACUGCUGUCCUACGGCAGCUUGGAGUCCCUCGCGAAUCUCACGAACCUGACCAACCUGACCAGCAACUCGCCCACGGCCGAGUCCGCGAACAACCACGGUUACUUGAACAACAAUUACAAAAAUACUCAGAGCCACGGCUCGAGGAACGCGACGUCGCACACUCACAGCAGCAGCUAUUCGAACUUCGCGUCGUCCCAGAAGCAGUCCAGCGCCGACUACUCCUCGUCGCAGAAAUUCAACACCGACAACUACAACUCGCGGACGCAGACCCACGGUAUCCUGAAGAAUAAGAACAAUAACCAUUACAAAAGCGUGGACACCACGGACAACGCGCACGAGCGGUACCUGAACAACGGAGUGCCCGGCAGCACGAUCGCGCAGAGCAAGAGUCCCGCGCUCGUGACAGGAAGUGCUCUCGAGAUGCUACCGAUUCACAGACCGACUUCCUUCGCCAUUGAUCCGAGUAUAGACCCGACUAAAGUUGUCGUCACCGUUUCCGGUCCGAGCGGGAAGAUAAUCCCCGUCCAAAAGUCCACCCUUCGCGGUUUGAUUUACGUCGUAACCGCCGAAGAGGUCGGCGAGCACACGAUCCAAGUAUCGGUGAAUGGCCAGCACGUUCAAGGAUCUCCAUUCAGAUCGCAGGCGUACAACGCGCGAGCUAUCCAAAUUGGGAACAUUCCGAAUGGCGUCGUCAACCAACCCGUUGAAUUUGAAAUCGACGGAUCCAAGGCUGGAUCCGGAAACCUGGAGAUCCUCGUAAACGGCGGCCACGUGACUAGUUUCGUCCGAGCGUUAGGCAGCCAACGAUUUUUGGCGUCGUUCGUGCCUCACGAAGCUGUUGUACACCUGGUGGAGAUGACGUUCAACGGAGAAGUCGUCCCCGGAUCACCGUGGCGAGUGGGCAUCAUGCCAGCCCCAAAAAUGUCAGUGAUCGGGGACUCUAUAAGAUUGGUUCCUGCUGGUAGUCCUGCAUUAUUCGAACUGUCCGCUCUUGGCUUUAAUAGCAAUGAGAUUGACGUCCAAAUAAUCACACCUUCUAAAAGGCAUUUGCCGGCAAGGAUAGAAGAAGAACCUGGACGUCCUGGAGAAUUUCGUGUUGAAUUUACUCCAACAGAAGUGGGCAGUCAUCUCGUGGAAGUAAGCAUCGCGGGACAAAAGCUACCGGCAGGACCUCUCGUUGCCAAGGUGUACAAUAGCAGUUUAAUCCAAGUUACUGAUGUACCCAGCGCUGUGGUAGGACAUGCCUGCCAAUUUAGAGUCGAUGCUAGUGCAGCUGGCGAAGGACAGCUUGAAAUCUCCAUAAACGAAGGAGAAGUACCUAAUCAUGUUCAGGUGGUGGGUGGUGGACGUUGUCUUGUCUCUUUCACUCCUGAAAUUGCUAAAUCACACUAUAUAGACAUAAAAUUCAAUGGAGAAGCAGUGAAAGGAUGCCCGUUUAUUUGUAACGUAUCCGACACGAGUAGAGUGACGCUAAGCUUGAAUCAUCUGGAAUUAAUUCCAGUCGAUCAACCUGCCAGCUUCCACAUGGGAGUUGACGGCAGUGGUAGCGCAGAACUCGCUGUUUCUGUAAGAGGGCCGAAUAACGAAUUACCCGUCAAAGUAACGGGUGAUAUUAAAAGUGGUUUCACUGCAGAAUUUAUUCCAAGAGACGUUGGUGUUCACUCGAUUAGCGUCGAGUAUAAUGGACAUCCUGUAAAUGGCACACCAUUUUUGGCCAAGGCAUUCAAUGCCGACAAAGUAUUAAUCGGCCCCGUAGCUAGAGGCAGUGUCGGUCAGCCAACACAUUUUACUGUCGAUGCAAGUCAAGCUGGCGAAGGAAAUUUAGAAAUUACAAUAUCGGCUCGUAAUCAAAAUAUUCCCACACAAGUGACACCACAAGGAAAUGCUCGAUUUUCGGUCAGUUUUGUACCAUUUGAAGCGUGCGAACAUGUAAUUAAUAUAGCCUUCAAUAAACGAACUGUGCCGGGCUGCCCGAUAGUAACUCGGGUAGGUGGUGAUAGUCACGUAACAGUGAGUGGGCAGGCAUUAAGCAGUGCUGGAUUAGGACGACAAAGCUAUCUUACCGUUAGUAACGUCGCCGGUAGCUUAGAAGAUUUAGAAGUGAACGUUGAAGGACCCAAUGGACAGGCCGUACCAGCUCAAGUCACUGACAACAAAGACACAACGUGCAGCGUAGCGUUUACGCCAAGAGUAGUCGGGGAACAUAGAAUUUCAGUAAGCCAUCGGAAUGUUCCUGUGGUCGGCAGCCCGUUCAGCUGCAAAGUCUAUGACGUAACUGCUAUCAAAGUGAAGGAUGCUAAACACGGUGUCAUUGGAAUGCCUGUAACAUUCUUAGUUGAAACUAGUCAAGCAGGACCAGGAAAUUUAGAGGUGACUGUAAAUGGUGGCCGUGUGCCUACAUCUGCUCAAGCUCAAGGUCCGCACACGUACGCGAUAUCUUUCACGCCUCGAGAGCCUAUCGUGCACACCGUGGAUUUGCGGUUUAACGGGGAAGAUGUACCUGGUAGUCCUUUUAGUUGUCAGGUCAGCGACACGGCGAAGGUAGUAAUAACCGAAGGAUUGGAGAAAGUAUCCGUAAAUCGCUUGACGACAUUUACAAUAGAAGCGGAUGCUUCUUUCGGGACACCUGCUGUAGAAGUUCUUUCGCCUACUAGAGAGAGUUUACCGGUUCACGUGAAACAGAGUGGGCACGGCUGUUACACGGCGGGCUUUACUCCAAAAGAUGUCGGUGACCAUAGCGUCGAGGUGAAGUUGAGCGGUUCCCACGUGGAAGGUAGUCCAUUUUUAGUAAAAGCUUAUAACGCGGACAAGGUGAAGGUGACAGAUAUAAAUAGCGGUGUUGUCGGAAAACCAGUUUUCUUCAGCAUUAACGCCAGUCAAGCAGGUGCUGGCAAUCUCGAAAUCAUUGUCGCCGUGAACGGCAAAAAUGUACCUAAUUAUGUACAAAGCGAAGGAAACGCGAAGUUCAGGGUUAAUUUUAAGCCACAGGAAGCUGCUGUCCAUAGUCUUAGCGUUCGUUUUAACGGGGAACCAGUUCCAGGCUCGCCGUUCAGCUGUAAAGUAGUUGGUGCAGGUCAAGCAAUAAUUGCUGGUCAUAACUUAAAAAUGGGAGCUGUGAAACAGUUGAUGUCCUUCACGGUGGAUCCUCAAGCUCCUUCGAUGAACUGCGACGUGAUAGUAACUCCGCCGUCAGGCAUAUCCCUUCCCAUUACGAUAGAGCCUAUCGAUGGAAAAUACAACAUUAGUUUCGUACCUACGGAGGUGGGCAGACAUAACAUCAGUGUGCUGGUGGACACCGAGCACGUGAAAGGAUCUCCGUUUGCCUGUAAUGUUUACGAUGUCACCAAGGUUCAUGUUUCGGGUCUUACGGAAGCGUUAUUGGGCCAGGCAACUACAUUUACAGUAGAUGCCGCAGAAGCUGGCGAAGGAACGUUAGAGCUAGUUGUCAGUACCGAGAAUAAUACCGUUAAAGCUGAGGUGGUUGCUUGCGCUCGUGGACUGUACGACGUUACAUUCGUUCCACAAACUCCUAGUACUCAUUACGUAAACAUCAGUUUCAACGAUGACAAUGUACCAGGAAGUCCAUUUAAGUGUCCAGUGGUUAGUACUAUGUUGGAUGGGCCAUCCAUGAUUCGAGUUGGUAAUACAGCGUACAUGGACUUGGAAAUGCCAGGGUUGGAAGGCCCUGUAUCUGCUGAAGUUACAGGUCCCGACGGUAUAAUUAUUCCAUGCACAUUAACGAAAUUAUCGUCCCAUUUGUACCGAGUCGAAGUCCGAACGCGACAGGUUGGAACGUACAGUGUCAUUUUCAGUGACGGUCACAAGAUGAUCAGUUCUCAAACGCUUCAGGCCUUCGAUCCUGGGAAAGUAACGAUCAAAGAAGUGUCAGACGUAGUUUGCCAUCGACCUGGAACUAUCAUAGUGGUUGCGUCAAAAGAUGCUGGACCAGGAAAAUUGUGUGUGAAUGUACGCGCCGCAGGUGCCGACGUUGACAGCGUAGUCAGAGAAGCAGAAAAUGGUCUUUACGAAAUAGUGUUCCAUCCAACCCGAGCCGCUCCUCACAGAGUUCACAUGAAAUACAAUGAAGUUCACAUUGCAGGAAGCCCACUGGAUGUAACAGUUCGAAGCCCUACCGGAGGACGGGAAGUGACUGCAACGGGAUUGGGGUUGUACCAAUCGUGCGUUGGUAAAGUGACUUCAUUCACAAUCGAAACAUUAGGUCGUCCAGGAAAGGAAUUCGAUGUUGUCAUCAGUGGACCACAGGGCAAUGCAGUUCCAGUUCGGUGUUAUCAGCAUCGCGAUGGAAAUUUACUCGCUGAAUUUACUACGAACAAUAUUGGAACGUACAAGAUCGACGUUUUACAAGGUGCCAAGCCAGUUUUAGGUUCUCCCUUUUUCUGUCAAGCUUUCGAUGUUUCCAAAGUGAAAUUGCAAGAAUUAGGUCCCAUGACCGUGUCCGUACACGAUCACAUUGCAUUUAAGAUAAUGAAGACAGAUGCUGGAAUGGCAGAUUUGGACGUGACUGCGACAAGUCCUCUAGGUCAAGAGCUUCCAUUGCAGGUUACUCCUCUGAACGAUGGUGCGGAAAUGGUGGAAUUUUCACCAAGUGUUCCUGGCACUUACAUGAUUAACAUUGCGUACGGAGGAUGUCCCAUACCUGGUAGUCCACUGUUAUGCACAGUUGAUGCUGCGGGACAGGCUCGCGCGAAAGGAGAAGGUUUAUUAAGCGGACACGUGGACAAGGCAGCGCAUUUUAUUGUAACUGGUACAAGAAGCCCUCCGGCAGUUCAGGUGGAUGGUCCAGAUAGCGUUUCGAAAGCGAUCGUCGAAGCAGGAGCUAAUCCAGGUACGUGGAACGUAUCUUACGUUCCGUCCGAAGUCGGAGUGUUCGACAUUCGAGUUGUUUCUGCCGGACAACAGCUCCCUGGAUCUCCUUGGCACCCAAAAAUCAUCGACACACGAAAUCUUCGCGUAAUAGGUGGUUGGCCAGCUGUGUGCGACGACAUUGGACGCCUGAAAUUACAUCCGUCGAAUAAAAUUAGUUUCGACACCGCCGAAGCCGGACCGGGUGAACUUUCUGGGAAAAUAGGGGAUCAAAUGUUAUCUUUCGAGAUGACUUCGAACAAUAGACUGAAGCUUAUUCCACCGCAAUUGAACGGCGGGGAGCAUCGUUUAGAAAUAUUAUUUAACGGAGUACCAUUUCCAGGGGCACCAAAAUUAGCUAUAGUUCAAGAUUUAGAGCCACCAAUACAGGACACGAGUCGCGUAUUAUUAAGAGGAAGGGGGCUGACGUCAGCGAAGUGCGGCGAAGAAGUUAGUUUCACGAUAGACGGUUCUCAAGCCGGUAACGGAACGCCGAAGGUUCAGCUCUUCUCACCGACCAGCGAACUGAACGUUAUGCUGCAACAUUUAGGGGACUCUGUUUAUCGGGCAAGUUAUAUACCUCUGACCCCCGACCCUCUAUUAAUGACUGUAUCGUGGAACGGGAGACAACUAAAAGGGUGUCCCUUGCAAAUCAACGUAACGAGUGCGGCUGAUGCAUCUCGGGUCAUAUGCUCCGGAGACGGAUUGAAACACGGCAUAGUCGGUCAGGAGAUCCGAAGCUUCAUCGAUACAAGACGAGCAGGACCAGGCGAAUUAACGGCACAUUGCGUUGGUCCACACAAAGUGGCUUACUGUGAAUUGUACGACCACGGUGACGCCACUUUUACAUUAAAUGUGAAACCUCAAGAGGCUGGGCGACACGCGUUGACGAUCAAGUAUGCUGGAGAACAUGUUCCAGGUUCGCCUUUCACGUUACGCGUUUCCGGUGCUCCAGAUGCGUCGAAGGUGCGAGUAUACGGGCCGGGAAUCGAACACGGAGUGCUAGCAACAUUCCAGUCGCGUUUCAUUUGCGACACUCGCGGUGCUGGCGCUGGCCAACUUACGGUACGAGUCCGUGGACCAAAAGGGGCGUUUAGAGUGGAAAUGCAGAGAGAAACGCAAAAGGAUCGCAUAAUACUUUGCCGAUACGAUCCCACGGAACCGGGCGACUAUAGAGUUGAAGUUCGUUGGGCAGGUGUAUUGGUCCCGGGUUCUCCGUUCCCAGUUAAGAUUGUGGAUACGCAAGACGAACUGUUGAUGCUAACACAGGGUGGAGACAAUUAUUCAACAGGACACCAUACGAUCGCGUCAUGGCGUGGAUCGCAAGCUAUGCUGUAAGAACAUUGCAUAUAAAAUUGUUAUUAUUUUGUACGGACUAAUAAUAUAUUUUGAUAAUAUAUAAUUAUAUUGUAACUUAUCUAAAUGUUUGCAAUAAAAUCGAUAUUUUGACAA